GUAGACACCGCUGUUCAUCAACAUCUCCCUAGAAAAAUCUCCCCAUUUCUUGCCGGGAAAAAAUAUGGACACCUCCGGCCGCUUACCUACCCAGUCAACCCAGGGGCCCCGACCCAUAAAACGCCACCACACCGCCCGUGAAUUUGCUCACCGGGUCCGUGAAAGCCUCACAACCCGGGUCUUCAAGACGAUGUGUGCCAUUUUCUUGAGUCUUCUGCUUCUUGUUGGUAUUAUUGCUUUCGUACUAUGGCUUAGUUUACGCCCACACCGCCCGAGAUUUCAUAUCCAUGAUUUUUCGAUUCCGGGUUUGGACCAAGCAACCGGCUUUGAGAAUGCCCAGAUAGCAUUUAAUGUGACGGCCCGGAACGCGAACCAAAAAAUUGGGAUUUACUAUGAUUCUAUGGACGGGUCGGUUUAUUAUAAGGAUCAGCUGGUCGGGCAAGAGCAGUUACUGUAUCCGUUCUAUCAGGAGCCCAAGAAUACUACUGUGGUUGCAGAUGUACUGACUGGGAAAGCGCUAACGGUGAAUAGCCGGCGUUGGACAGAGUUCAUGAAUGAUCGUGCGGCUGGGAAGGUGGCGUUUCGUCUAGAAAUAAGCUCGACCAUACGAUUUAAGAUCAAAUGGUGGGGCAGCAAGCACCAUCGGGCCCACGCCAAUUGUGAUGCUUCGGUGGGCCCUGACGGUGCCAUCUUGCCAAUUUUUAAAGACAAGAGAUGCCCUGUUUAUUUCACUUGAUGUUUAUGUGAUGAACGAGGGGUUUCAUGCAUU